AUGGUGGCAAAAAAAUUUAUCCUUUUACCUAUCGCUUUAGUUUGCUCAAUUUUUAUGAAAUCGACUACCGCUGGUACCUGCUAUUGUGACUUCACACCAGGCAAUUCAACUAAUGCAGCUAGUGCUGCCACAGGUCGACUUAUGUGGAUCGAUAAAACUAAUAAUACAUUUAAUGGAUGUGAUUUAAGCGGACAACUUAAUUCUGGCUGCACUGACCAAAAUCCCACAGAUUAUUCAUUCUUGGUAGUAAAACCCGCAGAUAACAGUACAGUCCUAGACAUGACACAACCAAUUGAUAGUAAUAUGCAGGUUAAUCCUCCAGGAACUUCACCUUUUACUGCUGAGUUCUCUGGCGUAACUUGCGAUACUCUUGUAGGAAACGCUUGUGUCGUUAAAUUAAACCAAGCGCAAAUUGGCUAUGCUCUAAUUCAGAAUGCUUAA